AUGUCCAAUCCCUCACAACUCCUCCUGCUCGCCGACCACAUCAAACUCUCGCUGCUCGAACGCCAGCGCGCCAUCUCGUUAAACCUCGACCCGAACCCGUCGCAAGACUCCAACAUCGCCCGCUCACUAGAGUCCUUCCGCGAAGGCAUUGAAUCCCUGUCGUCCCGCGCUCCCGCCGACGAAUCGUUACCCCAACUGCGCUCGCAAUACAAUGCCCUCUCCCGGCAAUUCCAAGGCGAGAGCUCCACCACGGCCGACGACCCCCUCUCCUCGCCAAACGACCCGACUCUGAAAGAAGACUUUGCCCGAGCCAAGACCCGAACGUCAAGCGACGCGGCACGUCGCCAGCAAAAGACAUCCAACUUGAGAAGACAAGACGCCGGAGCGGCAGCGGCGGCGGCGGCGGCAGGGGCCAAAAACGUCCGCUUCAGAGACAACCCCUCGCAAGAAUCCCUCGACGAUGACGAGGACGAGGCGACCCGUGCGGCGCUCUUCCCCGCGCGAUACACGGACGCCGAAGACCAAGACAGUCGUGCGCGUACACCGGACCCGACGGGUGAUAUGUCGAACCAGCAAAUCCACGCGUACCACCAGCAGAUCAUCGCCGAGCAGGACGAGCAGCUGGACCGGCUCGGCGAAAGCAUCGGCCGCCAAAGACAACUCGCCAUGCAGGUCGGCGAUGAGCUCGAGGGCCAGAUCGGCCUCCUCGACGAGGUCGACCGCGGCGUGGAUCGGCAUCAGGGCCGCCUGGACGGGGCGAAGCGGCGGUUAAAGGGCGUGAGUCAGCGGGCCAAGGACAACUGGGGCAUCACCACCAUCAUUGUCCUCAUCGUCAUCUUGGUCCUGUUGAUCAUCUUGUUGAAGUGA